UCCGUUCCCUUCCUUGUUGUGAUACCAUGGCAAGUCCGGAUCCGUACCACGAUUUGACCAAGUACUCGCUCGAGGAGGCGUUUGCGCUCACUGGAGACCGCCCAGGCCUGGUGGCCAAGCUUGUGCCUGGCCAACGCGAUGCGUUUUACUACACCGGGCUGCUGCUGGCGGACGGAGUGGCGGCAGGCGACACGCCGCUCAACGAGCUUGCCGCGCAUCUGGCUUCGUCCAAGUCGUCAUUCGACUCGACGCGCGAGUGGCGCGAACUCAACACCCGAUUUAAGCUCCUCGCGUACGAUGCGGCUACAUCCGAGGUCGAGGAGGACCCCUUUCUGGAGUUUCUCAUCUCUGAGUACGACCUCAGCUUCCAGACGCCGCGGCUGGAGCCGGCCAAGUCGGCGGCGUCGACGGCAGAGCCGGGCCCAGCCCCUUCAUCGCAGACGCGGCACGAGUCUGACUCGGCGGUGCCGCCUGUUGAUCGCAAUGCGCUCUACGCUGACGCAUACCGGAGCUCGGGGGUCUCGGGCUUCCGGCCAGCGGCUUACCCAUGGCUCCUGAACAAGCUGGCGUCUGCAGCAACCAAGGACGAGUACCGCCACCUGAAGGAGGUGCUCGACGCGCUGCCGCAUGCACGACUUCCAGGCACGCUCCCUGCGCUCCUUCACCACAUGGCGUCGGACAAGUACGGAGGCAUCUACUCGGCUUAUCGGCAGCUGACGGCCAAGUUUACGCUGGCGCAGCUCGACGAGCUGCUGGAGGCCAAGCCGGCACUCCGUGACGAUGCCACCUUUGUCGACGGGUACUUGGCCAAGCUCCAUCCAGGCGCAGACGUCGACAUGCAGUAUGAACUCAGCAUUGGCUCGCACGCAUGCACCGAGUACAUUUCCAAGUGUCUCGAGUUUGUGAGGACCCUCGCACCGGUGUUCAACCCGUACCGGCACACGCUCCUAUACCACAGCCUGGUGAUUGGGCUGGCGGCUGGGCAUGGGAUGAGCGAGCUGGAGGAUUGCCUUCUCGAGCUGCUGGCGAUUCCGUCGUCGGUAUCGUUUGCGGACCCGGACUGGGUGCGUCCGUUCAGGUCCGACGGCGCGCGGGCCGGCUACGUCUCGUCGUCGUCGUCGUCGGUGCCGUCGGUGCCGGCACCGUCAUCGACGGAUGUGACUUCGCUCAUCGAGCGACUCCUUCGUGGCGCGCUCAGCGAGACACGCCGCAUCCAGCCGUAUGCCAAAUACGUGCGGUCAACGACGCUCGAGCGCUGGCUGGCUGAGGAGCAGCUGUUUGCGAGCGGGAGCGCUGACCCCACAAACUCGGUUCUCUCAGCGAGCACCAUUCGUUCGCUCCGGGACCGAGUGGAUCUCGAGUUUGGGCCGUCCAACGCAGCGUAUUUUGCGCCCAACGACCACGUGACCCUCGAUGUGGUGGUGAAGAACGUGCCCAAGCUCCUUGUCCGGGUCUACGAGGUCAACACCGCGGCAGUCUAUCGCGACUCGCUCUCGCAGGUCUCCGAGCAUCUCUCGGUUGAGGGCCUUGUGCCGAACAACGAGUACGAACACAAGUACGACGCACCGCCAAUGGUCCGUGCGCAACACACGCUUCCGCUGCCGUGCAUCGGUAUGGCGCGCGGCGUGUUUGUGGUUGAGCUUAUCGGCGGCGGGCGCUCGCUCCGCGCUGUCAUCCGAGUCGGCCACCUGUACGCGCUCUCGCACCCUGCGCCGACUGGCCAUGUGCUGCGGGUGUAUGACGAGACCUCGGCGCUCUGCCCCGAUGCGCAGCUCACGCUCGACGGACAUCAGUACGUCGCCAACGCCCAUGGUGAGAUCCUUGUCCCGUAUACCAGCUCUCCAGGUCGGCGAACAGUUGUGCUGACCUCGGACGGCUUUGCCGACUUGUACACGUUUGAUCACGCGGGCGAAAACUACUCGUUUGCCGCUGCCUUCUAUCUCGACCGCGAGCAGCUGCUCUCGAAGCACACCGCCGUCGCGCUCGUCCGUGCCCAGCUAAGCCUCAACGGAAUGGAGCUCCCGCUGGCGCGGCUCUCCCAUCUCGUGCUUACGAUCACCACGACCGACAUCGACGGCGUGGUGUCGACCUCAACCAUCGACGACUUUGAGCUCUCAGACCUCGUCGAGUCGACGUACGGUUUUGUGGUGCCGGACAAGACCGUAGCGGUGGCGCUUGAGCUGACUGGCUCGGUCCGGUCGCGGGCUACCGAAUCGGAUGUCCAGCUGCGGGCUUCGCAGAGCUUCCAGCUCAACAAGAUUGAUCUCACUGCCGCCAUGGAUGACGUCUUUCUCCGGCGGACAAGCAGCGGGUACUCGCUUGUCGUGGUGGACAAGUCCGGCCGCCGUGUGGCCAACGCGCCGCUUAGCAUCAACCUCGCCCACAUCGACGUCAGCCGAUCGACGAGCUGCUUGACACGGUUUACCGAUGCCAGCGGCGCUGUCCACCUCGGGCACCUGCCCAACGUGUCGGCGAUUCGAGCGCGCAACUGCUCUUGGACGCUGCAGCGAGCGAGUGGCUCGAUGCCGCGGCUUCUGCACGGGAUCGAGGGCGAGGAGCUGCGGUUCCCGUAUCACGGCCAAGUCCCACGCGCCGACGAUGAUUAUGCGGUCUCGUGUACCUCGCGCAACGCGGUGGGCGCAGUGGUAGACGAUGUAAGCACAGCGGUGGCAGUCAGCCCCGGACUCGUGCGCGUUUCCGGCCUGACUGCUGGCGACUACGUGCUGUUUGUACCCAACGCGGCUGGCGGCUUUGACCAGCUGACGUUGCGGGUUGCGGCGGCGAGCACAGUCGUGACCUUUUCGCACACCGAUCCGGUCCGCCACCGCAUCUUCGUCUCGCCUGGGCGGAUUCUGGAGCAGGUGGCGAGUUCAGAGCCGAUGGCGGUGACAGACGUGACGGCGAGCAGCGACGAGCUGACGGUGCAGCUCGCGCACGCAUCAGGCGCAACCCGUGUCCACGUUGUUUGCUCGCACUUUGUGCCCAACUACAACCCAGCAGAACUGCUCGGCCCGAGUGCGUUCUUCCGGCAGAUGAGUGACACGCCGCGUCCUCUCUCGCGGGUGUCGUCGGCGUACCACGCUGCGCGAGCGCUCUCGGCCGAGGCGCAGUACAUCCUCAAUCGACAGUUUGCGGCCAAGCACCCUGGCAAUAUGCUCAAGCGGCCGUCACUUUUGCUCGCGCUCAACGACCGUCCUGGCAACGUCGACGACGUGCGGCGGUUCACGCCGUCGUCUGGCUCACUUCGGGACCAGAUGGGCAUGAUGAUGUGCGAGGACGAAGAUGAAAUGGAGUGCAGCAUGAUGGCGCCGUCAAUGGCAAGAAGCAUGUCCAAGUGCCGGAAGAAGAAAAAGCGCGAAGGUCGAGGCCCUGUAGCGGGCAGCGUUGCCGAGGCACGCUCGCUGCGGCGGCGCGAGCUCUCGGCGGACGAGACCGGCUCUAUCCUGUCGGACCCGUACCGUCACAACAUCGAGUUCCUUCUCCACGGCUCGGACUGCAUGUUCAAUCUGCGGCCGGACACGGACGGACGGGUUGUGGUCCCGCUGGAUCAGAUCUCUCCCGGCAACACGGUGGUGAGCGUGGUGGUGGUCGACGGCGACGCGCAUGCGGCGCGACAGUUUGCACUGCCCGAGUCUAGCGUGACGUACAACGACAUGCGGCUGCUCAAGCCGCUCGAUGCCGAGCGGCACUUUGCCGAGGUCCGGGCCAUCGACGUCAUGCCGACGGGCGGGUUGUUUGACGUCGCCGACAAGAGGACAACCGAGUCAAUGGCGUACGACACGGUGGGCAAGGUCUUUUCGCUCUUUUCGACCCUCCUUGGCGGCUCGGCCGAUUUCGAGGCCUUCCGCUUUGUCACUACGUGGGGCAGCAUGGACCGCGAGGCCAAGCUCGCCAAGUACGCCGAGUUUGCAUCGCAUGAGCUCAACGUGUUUGUGGCGUUCAAGGACCGCACAUUCUUUGCUGAUGUCGUCGCGCCGUUUCUGGCCAACAAAAAGGUCAAGACCUUUGUCGACGACUAUCUGCUCGGCGCCGACCUGAGCAAGUGGACGGUGGCGCGCAAGUUUGAGCGGCUCAACAUUGUGGAGAAGAUCCUGCUCGGUGGCGCUAGCGGCGACGCCGCAAUCCUCCGCCAUGUACUCGACCAGGCCGACUUGCUCCCAGCCGACCGGGCGACGUUCUACGCUCUCCACAAGGUGGCGCUCAAGGCCAAGCUUGAGUCUGCAGGAGACCUGCCCAAUGCGGCCGGUGAUGUGCCGACUCUGGGUGGUGGCGGUGGCGGCAGCGGCGGUGGUGGCAUGCCUCGGGGCGGCUACGACGACGCGCCGACACGGCGAUACUACGCACCACUGCCGGGUACCAAAGAGUAUGGCGAGAAUAACUACCACCGGGUGCCGAUUGAGCUCAUCGACGAGCGGCUGGUGCAGAUUUCCAAGUUCUGGGGUGCGUACGGAGCGCAUGUGAUGGAGCAGUUGGAGGCCAGGCAGAGCGGAGCCGCCGGAGAGCCGGCGCCGUACACGCCGGCGUUCCUCUCGGAACACUUUGUACACGCGGCGUCGAGCCCGACUGAGGCGCUGCUUGCGCUUGCGGUGCUGGACCUGCCGUUCGAGAGCAACGAACACACGGUUGAACUGGAGGGUGCGUCGCGGAGCCGGCUGAUGGCGGCGUCGCCGGUGAUAAUGGUCCACAAGCAAGUGUGCGAGACGGACGAGGGUGAGGCGCCGAUCCUGGUGUGUCAGAACUUCUUUGACCCGAACGACCGCUACGCUGAGGUUGACAACGAGCGUGUUGACAAGUUUGUGAGCGACGAGUUUGUCAUCAACAAGGUGUACGGUUGCCAGGUGGCGGUGACCAACAUCUCGACCGCGCGGCAAAAGGUCGACAUCCUGGAGCAGAUUCCGGCGGGAGCGGUCCCGCUCUGUGGCGGAUUCUUCACCCGCUCGCACUACAUCGAGCUCAACCCGUACGCGACGGUGACUGACGAGUUCCAGUUCUACUUUCCGGCAGCGGGUGCGGCGGCCCAUUUUCCGAUCCACGUGGCACAGAACGAGGUGACGGUGGCGAGUGCAGCGCGGGUGACUCUCAACGUGGUAGAUGUGGCCUCGGUCCACGACACGCUCUCGUGGAGCUACGUGGCGGCGCACGGGACUAUCGACGAGGUGGUGGCGUUCUUGGACAGCCACAACCCGCUGCGGUUCCAGAUUCUGGACAUUGAGGACCGACUGGGGCACAAGGAGUGGUGGCUCAAGAUCAUGAAGCUGCUGCGAGCACACAAGGCGUACGUCCACCGGGUGUGGCAGUACGGGCUCAAGCACCACGACCGGCGAGCGGUGGCCGAGUGGCUUUACCACAACGACGGGUUCAUCGACCGGCUCGGAGCAAGCUGUGUUCUCUCCAUCCUCCCGCUCGACGUCGAGAGCGAGGUCCGAUACCAGCACCUCGAGUACGAGCCGGUGGUCAACCCGCGGGCUCACCCGCUGCCUGGGGUGUCGCAGUCGACGGCGCCAGCGAUGGUCAAACAUCAGUACGAGGCGCUGUUGGGCUCGCUCAAGUACUCGUCGACGUUCCGGACCGACGACCUGCUCGCGCUCACGUACUAUCUCCUUCUGCUCGACCGAGUCGACGAGGCUGCGGCGUUCUUUGCGCGGAUUGACCGGACGGCAGACGUGAGCGAGGGCGGGCUGGCAAACGAGCUCCAAGUCGACUACUUUGCGGCGUAUCUGGACAUUUUCUUUGGGGCGGAGACUGGGUAUGCGACGGCGAGGGCGAUUGCCGCCAAAUAUGUGGCGUAUCCUGUCAAGCGGUGGCGCGAGAUGUUUAUGGACGUGCUGCGGCAGCUGUCGGAGCUCGACGAUCCGAGUUCGGCGAGCGCGGCGCUGUCGACCCUGUCGCUGGCGGGCAGCGAGGCCGCCGCGUCUCGCGAAGAGCAGAUGGCGGCGCUGGCGGCGACCGAGCCGGCGUUCGACUUUACCAUCGAGGGCACGACUGGCGUGGUCUCGUACCAGAACGUGGCCCGGGUGACGGUCAACUACUACCUCAUGGACAUCGAACUGCUGUUCUCGUCGUCGCCGUUUGUGGCAGCGUCGUCGAAGAACGUGCUCAAGCCCAACGAGGUGGAGGAACACGCCACGACCGAGGUCCGCAACGGCACGCUCCGGUUUGACAUUGCGAGUUCGUUUGCCAAGGCCAACGUGCUCAUCGAGGUCGUCGCCGGCUCGGUUGUGCGGUCGGCAUCGUACUUUGCGCAGUCGUUUGCCGCGCACCUCAUCGAGAACUACGGUCAGCUCCGGGUGGCGCUCCCAGCCAACGCAGGCAGCGGCCCGAUCAAGAACGCGUACGUCAAGGUCUACGCCCGUCUCCAUUCGGGGCGCGACACGUUCUGGCGCGACGGAUACACCGACUUCCGCGGCAAAUUUGACUAUGCCACUGUGAGCGGCGGUGACAUCAGCUCGGUCGCCCGCUUUGCCAUCCUCAUCAUCACUCCCGACCACGGGUGUGUGGUCAAAGAGGCAGCUCCGCCGCGGACUUGACGAACGUGCGAGAAAAAAAAGCGAGCAUGCGCAUAGCAUAGCGUACAAACGUUUUGGCGGUACCG